AUGGCGACGCUCGGGGCGUUGGGGGCUGCGGAGGACGCGGGCUCGUCGGGCUCGGAGGACGAGGCGGGGUCCUGCGCGGCGGCGGCAGCCGCGGCCGAGGCGGCGGCGGCGAAGCGGGAGCAGCGGCUGCGCAAGUUCCGCGAGCUGCACCUGAAGCGGAACGAGGCCCGCAAGCUGAACCACCAGGAGGUGGUGGAGGAGGACAAGAGGCUGAAGCUGCCGCCCAACUGGGAGGCCAAGAAGGCCCGGCUGGAGUGGGAGCUGCGCGUGCAGGAGAAGAAGAAGGAAUGUGCCGCCAGGGGAGAGGAUUACGAGCGGGUUAAGCUGCUGGAGAUCAGCGCUGAGGAUGCGGAAAGGUGGGAAAGGAAGAAGAAGAGGAAAAAUCCAGAUCUUGGGUUUGCAGAUUACGCGUCCGCCCAGCUGCGCCAGUACCAGCGGCUGACCCGGCAGAUCAAACCCGACCUGGAGCAGUACGAGAAGCUGAAGGAGCAGUAUGGGGAGGCRCUCUACCCGACCUCCGACAGUCUCCUCCACGGAAGCCACGUGCCCUCUAAAGAAGGGGUUGAUAGAAUGGUUGCAGACCUCGAGAAACAAAUUGAAAAGCGUGAGAAAUACAGCCGGAGACGCCCCUACAACGACGACGCAGACAUCGACUACAUCAAYGAGAGAAACGCCAAGUUCAACAAGAAGGCGGAGAGAUUCUACGGGAAGUACACAGCUGAGAUCAAGCAGAACUUGGAGAGGGGAACAGCRGUCUGAACUGCCCUCUCCAGGGUUGGCUGUGAUAUUACAGCCUUUUUACAUCUAUUACAGUUUGGUAGGAAGAUAUGAACAUGUGUAGUGGGAAAAAACUCUCUUGUAGAUUGCUCAUUAAGUAGUGUAAAAUCUUCUGUAGUAGGAGAUGGUGUAAAAGCUUUACUAGUAACAUCAGCUGUAUAUAGCUCUUAACUGCAGCCGUAGCCAGCUCUUUCCCCUCAUACUUCAAAUAAAGACAAAAAA